AUGUACUUGCACUUUGCAGCUGGCCGAGGCUGGACUGCAUCACAAGAGGAGGAGAGAGAGCAUCGAACCGGUACUCCAAUUCUCUUACUUGCAUGGAGUGAGAGCAGGCAAUGCGCUGAUGAGGAGGCCUACACUGAAAUAAAUGACGACACAAUACACAAUUUAUUCAUGAAGAUGGCCAACAGCGAACGAUUCCAUAAGAUACCAACACUACGUGAGUACUUCAAAGCCGGACUAGAAGAGGCCCCGGAUGGCAGCGCUGCGGGCAAAUAG